UCCAGCCCUCCUUGAUGGUGACACACAGGCCAGGACAUGAGACUGGCCUGUAUUCUACUCCUCCUGCUGCUGCAGGCCUGCUGGGCAGCCGCACAGGACACCCCAGAGCCCUCCAGGGCCAUCGCCUUCCAGGACUGCCCUGUGGACCUGUUCUUUGUGCUGGACACCUCUGAGAGUGUGGCCUUGAGGCUGAAGCCGUAUGGGGCCCUAGUGGACAAAGUCAAGUCCUUCACGAAGCGUUUCAUCGACAGCCUAAGGGACAGGUACUAUCGAUGUGACCGCAACCUGGUGUGGAAUGCAGGCGCGCUGCACUACAGUGAUGAGGUGGAGAUCAUCCGUGGGCUCACACGCAUGCCCGACGGCCGCGAUGAGCUCAAGGCCAGCGUGGAUGCUGUCAAGUAUUUCGGCAAGGGCACCUACACCGACUGCGCCAUCAAGAAGGGGCUGGAGGAGCUGCUGGUCGGGGGCUCCCAUCUGAAGGAAAACAAGUACCUGAUUGUGGUGACCGACGGGCACCCCCUGGAGGGCUACAAGGAGCCAUGCGGAGGCCUGGAGGAUGCCGUGAACGAGGCCAAGCACCUGGGCAUCAAAGUCUUCUCAGUGGCCAUCACACCGGACCACCUGGAGCCUCGUCUGAGCAUCAUCGCCACGGACCACUCCUACCGGCGCAACUUCACCGCAGCUGACUGGGGACAGAGCCGCGAUGCCGAAGAGGUCAUCAGCCAGACCAUAGAGACCAUCGCAGACAUGAUUAAAACUAACGUGGAGCAAGUGUGCUGCUCCUAUGAGUGCCAGCCAGCCAGAGGACCUCCUGGGCCCCGGGGCGACCCUGGGUAUGAGGGAGAGCGCGGCAAGCCAGGGCUUCCUGGAGAGAAGGGAGAAGCUGGAGACCCGGGAAGACCUGGGGACCUUGGACCAGUCGGAUACCAGGGGAUGAAAGGAGAAAAAGGGAGCCGUGGGGAGAAGGGAUCCAGGGGCCCCAAGGGCUACAAGGGCGAGAAGGGCAGACGUGGCAUCGAUGGGGUCGACGGCAUGAAGGGGGAGACGGGGUAUCCAGGCCUGCCUGGUUGCAAGGGCUCACCUGGACUGGAUGGCAUUCAAGGACCCCCCGGCCCCAAGGGAGAUGCUGGUGCCUUUGGACUGAAGGGAGAAAAGGGCCAACCUGGAGCCAAUGGGGAAGCUGGGAGACCUGGGAACACGGGGCCGCCUGGCGAUGAGGGUCAGCCAGGAGACCCUGGACCUCCAGGAGAGAAGGGAGAAGCUGGUGACGAGGGGAACCCAGGACCAGAUGGUGCCCCCGGAGAGAGGGGUGGCCCUGGAGAAAGAGGACCCCGGGGGACCCCAGGCAUGCGGGGGCCAAGAGGAGACCCAGGUGAAGCUGGACCCCAAGGAGACCAGGGAAGGGAAGGCCCUGUUGGCGUCCCUGGAGACCCGGGUGAGGCCGGCCCCAUUGGACCUAAGGGAUACCGAGGUGAUGAGGGUCCCCCAGGGCUUGAGGGCCCCAGAGGAGCCCCAGGACCUGCUGGGCCUCCUGGAGACCCAGGGCUGGCAGGAGAAAGGGGUGAAGAUGGCCCCGCCGGGAAUGGCACUGAGGGCUUCCCCGGCUUCCCCGGCUAUCCGGGAAGCAGGGGCCCUCCUGGGACAAAUGGCACCAAGGGCUACCCUGGCCUCAAGGGGGAUGAGGGAGAAGCUGGGGACCCUGGAGAUGAUAACAACGAUGUUUCGCCUCGAGGAGCCAAAGGAGCAAAGGGGUACCGUGGCCCUGAAGGCCCCCAGGGCCCCCCAGGACACACAGGACCACCCGGGCCAGAUGAGUGUGAGAUUCUGGACAUCAUCAUGAAAAUGUGCUCUUGCUGUGAAUGCACGUGUGGCCCCAUCGACAUCCUCUUCGUGCUGGACAGCUCGGAGAGCAUUGGCCUACAGAAUUUCGAAAUCGCCAAGGACUUCAUCACCAAGGUCAUUGACCGGCUGAGCAGGGAUGAGCUGGUCAAGUUUGAGCCGGGGCAGUCACAUGCAGGUGUAGUGCAGUACAGCCACAACCAGAUGCAGGAGCACGUGGACUUGCGGGACCCCAAUAUCCGGAACACACAGGAGCUCAAGGAAGCCAUCAAGAAGCUGCAGUGGAUGGCAGGGGGUACGUUCACAGGUGAGGCUCUGCAGUACACCCGGGACCGGCUGCCUCCGCCCACCCAGAAUACCCGCAUCGCCCUGGUCAUCACCGACGGGCGCUCAGACACGCAGCGGGACACCACGCCCCUCAAUGUGCUCUGCGACCCUGGCAUCCAGGUGGUCUCUGUGGGCAUUAAGGAUGUGUUCGACUUUGUCCCGGGCUCCGACCAGCUCAACGUCAUCUCCUGCCAAGGCCUGCCUUCAGCCCAGGGCCGGCCUGGCAUCUCACUGGUCAAAGAGAACUACGCAGAGCUUCUGGAAGACGCCUUCCUGAAGAACGUCACAGCCCAGAUCUGCAGAGAUAAGAAGUGUCCAGAUUACACCUGUCCGAUCACGUUCUCCUCCCCGGCUGACAUCACUAUCCUGCUGGAUGGCUCAGCCAGCGUGGGUAGCCGGAACUUUGACACCACCAAGCGCUUUGCCAAGCGCUUGGCCGAGCGCUUCCUGGCUGCAGACAGGACGGAUCCCUCCCAUGACGUGCGGGUCUCGGUGGUGCAAUAUAGUAGCACUGGUCAGCAGAGGCCAGACCGUGCGGCCCUGCAGUUCCUGCAGAACUACACGGCACUGGCCAGCGUGGUGGACGGCAUGGACUUCUUCAAUGAUGCCACUGAUGUCAAUGACGCCCUGAGCUACGUGACCCGCUUCUACCGUGAGGCCUCGUCUGGUGCAGCCAAGAAGAAGCUGCUGCUCUUCUCAGAUGGUAACUCACAGGGUGCCACAGCCACGGCCAUUGAGAAGGCCGUUCAGGAGGCCCAGCGGGCAGGCAUCGAGAUCUUUGUGGUGGUGGUAGGCCGUCAGGUUAAUGAGCCCCACGUCCGUGUCCUGGUUACCGGCAAGACGGCCGAGUAUGACGUGGCCUACGGCGAGCGCCACCUGUUCCGUGUGCCCAGCUACCAGGCCCUGCUGCGAGGCGUCUUCCACCAGACGGUCUCCAGGAAGGUGGCACUAGGCUAGUGGGGCGGUCACACCACCACCAGCCCUCCUGUCCCUAUCACUAAAACAGGAAGCGAAAUGUGAUGCAAGUUUUCCCAACCAGCCAGCUAGAUUUUAUUUUAAAGGAGAAGCUUGAAAAGCUGUGGUGCAUACCAUGUGCUGUGUGCUUUGCCCAGAGUCCGCCUGGUGCACCCCAAGCUGGGCACCUGCAUCUGCUGCUUGGCUGGGAUUCGUGCCUCCCCCAUGGCCAACAUCCCAUUCCAUGACAACAUCUGCACCUCGGAGCUCCUCUGCUGUAGCCCAGGCUCCACACCCACCCAUGGCCUCCCCCUUCCAGGCCUUCAGGGGCCACCUCCCCCUCAGUCAUUCCUCUGACUACCCCACAUGAGUCUCCACUUGCACCUGAACCCAAAGAAAAUUCUACUAGUUAAUUCUGAGAUGGUGACUCUGUCUCAUCGUGGGAAGCCAAGGUCAAGAGGAUGUGAACCCUGAUAAAACUCCUUGCAAGGUUCUAGCCGCUAACCUGUGGUCUGGGCUCCUGUAACCCUGGGCUGCCACUGGUGUGAGGACCAGCGUCUUCUGAUAGCGGCAGAGGACGGUGGCUCUCUGCGCUGGUGGCCUCAAAUUCCAGAAUAAAGGUGCUUAUCCCUCCCGAGGGCCCCUCAAGUUAGCAGAUAGGACACAGAGCCAUUUGGUGACAAAAUAAUCCCAAGCUCUUUUCCCUUAAAAUCGUGAUCUGUUCUACAUUUCAUUGAAGACCCUCUUCAUGUGCUAGUUUUUAUUUUUACUUCUUCCUGUGUUUUUUCUUGACUGUGUCCAUGUCCAUGACUUUUCCAAAUUAAAGUUUUCACUUUCCUCUCA